GGGUUUUCCGCCCAAAACUGAUGGGGGAGGGGGGGGGGGCACCGUGCCCAAUCACAGUCUGAGCCAGCUGCUAGUGAUGCCACUGAAUGUAUCCGUCAAUGUCGAUAGUCACUUAUGUACUAUCCUGGAGAAGUCUGCAUCCGCCUUUGACUGGAUGGAUACAACUGGCACUGUCUCGAGUGGAUAAGCAUUUUUACGUGGGAUUGGCUCAUCUGUUAGACAAACCUCAGAAAUGACAUCAGAAGCAUCUGCUUAACUUCUGGGGGAGGACAUGUGGCCAGAACAGCCUGGAGAACUAAACUCGACGUUGCAUCAAUGUAUGCUAUAAACUGUCAAGAAAUUUCCAAUGCUGAAUGGUUGGCUGAAAAAAGCUGCACAGCUCAUGUGAAGUAGGUAUUUAAGUAACUUUCUCAGGACCAUCACUAAGUAGCAAUGGUUGUGACCAUUGGCUUUGAGGGUUCAGCAAACAAGAUUGGAAUUGGAAUUAUUAGAGAUGGUGAAGUGCUGUCCAACCCACGCCGCACCUACAUCACACCUCCUGGUGAAGGGUUUCAGCCAAGUGCCACUGCCAGGCACCACCAGGCCCAUGUACUUGAUGUUCUGCAGGAGGCUUUGGACAUAGCCAAGAUCACCCCUGACCAGAUAGACGCCGUGUGCUACACCAAAGGUCCCGGCAUGGGCGCGCCACUGGUGUCAGUGGCAGUGGUGGCGCGCACAGUGGCGCAGCUCUGGCAGAAACCCAUCAUCGGCGUCAACCACUGUAUCGGCCACAUCGAGAUGGCACGGCUCAUCACCGGCGCAGACGACCCGACCGUGCUGUACGUCAGCGGCGGUAACACCCAGGUGAUCGCCUACUCGGAGCGCAGGUACCAGAUUUUCGGUGAGACAAUCGACAUGGCCAUCGGCAACUGCUUCGACCGGCUGGCCAGGCUGUUGAAACUCUCCAACGAUCCCAGUCCCGGCUACAACAUCGAACAAAUGGCCAAACGGGGUCAGCGCCUAGUGCGGUUUCCGUACGUUGUUAAGGGCAUGGACGUGUCGUUCAGUGGGAUGUUGUCGUUUAUCGAGGAGCGGUUAGACAAGUGGCUGGCCGGCGAGUACACCCCAGAGGACAUCUGCUUCUCGCUGCAGGAGACCGCCUUCGCCAUGCUGGUGGAGACCACAGAGCGUGCCAUGGCGCACACGGGCAGCCAGGAGGUGCUGAUCUGUGGCGGCGUCGGCUGCAACCUGCGUCUCCAGGAGAUGAUGCGGAUUAUGUGUGAGGAGCGCGGCGCCAAGGUGUUCGCCACUGACGAACGGUUCUGUAUCGACAACGGUGCCAUGAUCGCUCAGGCCGGCUACGUCAUGUUCAAGUCCGGCGUCACCACUCCUCUGGAGGACACCUUCUGUACUCAGAGGUAUCGAACAGACGCCGUCGAGGUGACAUGGAGAGACCCGUAGUCACGCUGUUCAGUGUUCUGCUGACAGCAGCCUCAUCAGACCAUCGUACGACCCGGCCUGAAACUGCCCAGUCGGGUCACCUGUUAUCACACCGCAAUACACAUGUGAGUCAUA